AUGCCCGUUUCGUUCGUUUCGACCUGGUCGUCAACCGUCAUCAUCAUCGCCAUCGCCAUCACAACCAUCCAAACCAUCAUCACCACGACCAUCAACAUCUACACAUCUUGUGACCAGCGCUGCCAACCUCGCUGCUUCGCUGCUUGGCGCCACAACGCUCGCUCGCCAACACUUCAUGACUACGACGAGAGCUGGGCUUUGACUCUACCAACAACCAAACGUGAUGAACAGUCCACGCCAGGCACCAUGUUCCCUAGCGAGACGGGGACCGAGGGCACCGCCGCCGCGGCCGACAUGGCCCCGUGCGGCGGCGCCGGCGCCGACACGACGCACUCGCACUGCUGCAACCAGGGCUGGGCCUGCCUGAGCAACGGCCUCUGCAUGGCCGCCGGGCAGGAUCCCGCCCAGCUCGCCGGCGCAACCCUCAUGCGCGGCGCCUGCACCGACCAGACCUGGACGAGCCCCGACUGCCCGCGGUGGUGCACCAAUGCCGAGGACCUCGACGACCUCAACGUGCCCCAGCCCAUCGCCGCAUGCCAGGCCGUGCCUGGCGCCUUUUACUGCGCCAACUCGGACGACGCCGCCGACUGCGACGAGGAAGAGGAGGUCAUCCGCUUUUCCGGCGGCGCCCCGUCCGCCGUGACCACGAUAGGUGUGUCGCCUACGUCCACGUCAGAUUCUUCCUCGGCAACAUCCGGCGGCGCCUCCCAGACCUCCACUUCACCCGCCGACGCUGCCACCUCGGCCGCCGAGUCCGGCUCGGGCGGCGAUGGCGGUGGCGGUGGCGGCGGCUCUGGCGGCGGCGGCGACUCCAACGCCCUCGAAAUUGGCCUCGGCGUCGGUAUCGGUGUCGGCGGUCUCGGUGUCCUCGCGGCCCUCAUCUUCUUUUUCCUCUGGCGCCGGCGUGUUCGAAAGACAAAGGCAGCUGCGGACGCUCUUGAAGCCAACGAGGCUGCCGCCGCAGCGUCCAGCCCGACCGAUGCCGACGGUGAAAAGGGCACCCCCAGCUCCGCUGGCCCAUGGAGCCCCGUGUCCGGCAGUAGCGAGCUGCCGACGACUGUGUCACGGGAUGUGCAGGAGGCCGGCGCCGACUCGGCCGUCUUCGAGGCUCCGGUGGGACAUACCACAGCAGGGAGGGCCGAGGCGCCCGAGGAUCCGCGGAGGUUCGAGGCUCCCGUUUUUCAAGGCACGCAGGGACGGCAUGAGUUGGCUUGA